AUAAGGGCCUGUAAUUAUAUAUAUGGCACCUGUGGAGAUUUUGAUCACGAAGAACAGUCUCUCCAAAAAAAUUUGUCCUCCAAAGUAAACUAAUCUACAGAUUCCGCCAUUGAUGACCUCUCACCCAAUUUCACCACUUCUUUCUCUUUCCUCUCACUUUCGCUGCAAAUCAGUAUCUGAUUCCUGGGAAUUGCUCUGUUCCUAAUCAAGAUCAAGAUUUGGUUUAAUGGAGAGAAAAAGAUCGAAACCAGUUCAGGAUUUGCCGGAGACAAUCCAUUCAUUGGUCGGUUUGAAAUCUCAUAUGACUUCAGCUUGGGUGAAAUCUGUCUGCAACAUCGUUAAAAACGUUUCUUCUUCUGAGAUUUCUUCAACGUCAGAGGAAGAUGACGACUCUGCUCUCAUCGAAGUACAGAGCACUAGAGAUCAACUCUCUGCGCUAACAGCUCACGUGAAUGAUCAGAACAAACGAAGGAGACAGAUUCUUAACGAGUUUUUGGACCUUAAAGGGAACAUUCGUGUGUUUUGUCGAGUCAAGCCCUUAGACUCCAAAAACUUGAGAGCACCGGUUGCUUCGGAUACAAGAAACGUUAUCAUCAAGUUAACAGAAACCAAGAGGAAAACCUACAGCUUUGACACAGUUUUCCAACCUGAUUCAUCUCAAGAUGAUGUGUUCUUGGAGAUCGAACCAGUAAUCAAAUCGGUUAUCGAUGGCUAUAACGCUUGCAUUUUCGCGUAUGGACAAACCGGUACUGGAAAAACUUUUACAAUGGAGGGUCUUCCGGAAUCUCCAGGUAUUGUUCCUCGAGCGAUCAAGGGUUUGUUUAGACAGAUCGAGGAAAGCAAUCAUAUGUUUGUGAUCAAGUUUAGCAUGCUUGAGAUUUACAUGGGAAAUCUCAGAGACUUGCUUGUUUCUCAAGGAACUAAACCCAUUGAUCCAAUACCUCCAAGUCUUCUGAUUCACACAGAUGCAAAGGGAGAGGUUGAUAUCGACAAUUUGGUGACUCUUAAAGUGAAUGACUUUAAUGAAGUCUUCAAGUUAUACAAAUUAGGUUGUCGAAACAGAGCAACUGCCUUCACAAACUCUAACUCUGCUUCCAGCAGAUCACACUGUAUGAUCCGAGUAUCGAUCACAUGUCGUGGAGCUCCUGAGAGACGGCGUGAAAAAAACAAGAUUUGGCUGGUGGAUCUUGGAGGAAGCGAGCGCGUGUUGAAAACUAGAGCCACUGGUCGUCGUUUUGAUGAAGGCAAAGCCAUUAAUCUCUCUUUAUCUGCUCUUGGAGAUGUCAUCAGUUCUCUUCAACGCAAGAAUGCUCACAUUCCUUACAGGAACAGCAAGCUCACACAGGUUCUGAAAGACUCUCUCGGGCAAGACUCUAAAACAUUGAUGCUUGUUCAUAUCAGCCCGAAAGAAGAUGAUCUGUGUGAAACCAUAUGCUCUCUAAACUUCGCAACGAGGGCCAAGAACAUUCACUUAGGGCAGGACGAAUCAAAGGAAGAACAAGAGGAGAAGGAGGCUGUGAUGAUGAAUCUGCAGAAGAUGAUGGAAAAGAUCGAGCAAGAGCGUGAGAUAGCGUUGAAAGAGAUCAGAUAUCUAAACGAGACACUAGAGAAACUCUCUGGUAAGCCUCAUGUUAUCGAAGAAGAAGAAGAAGAGGAUGAGGUAAGAGAAGAGAUUCAAGUUACUCCAAAGAUAGCGAGAAGCAAAUCAAGGCGUGCUUCAGAUGUCUUUCCUAGCUUCAUGAGACCAACAGCAAGUAGCAACAGAAGGUUAUCAGGGACAAAUUUUAGCGUAAUCUCCAAUGGUCCAGGAUUUAAGUCUAGAAGGAACUCAAUGAUAUCUGUCCGAGCUGAAUCUGUAUGUCUUCCGGUGAAGAACAUCGGAUUUGAUUCCGUCUGUGACUCAUCGGAGAGGAGCGUCUCGAAGUCAACUUGCGUUAUGCGUCUGAACACGGCAGAUGAUGCAGCAACAGAUUAUAGUCAGGACAUAUCUGAAUGCGAUAUUAAGCUGGUCGUGUCUGAGCACAAGCCAAAAUCACUGGAGAGAGGCCUCGGAUCUGCGAAGAAAUCCGGUUCCAAGAUCGGUAUCGUUGAGAAAAACGCUAAGCAGAAAGUGGGAGGAACAGAGUUUACAAGGAUUAACAGUUGGCUUCACUCGCAAUCCGAAAACAGGAGUCACGUGCUUGACAAGAAACGACUUCCUUCAACUCCUGAACCGCGCAGGCUAAGCAGAGAGAGGUCGUUGAAGAAGUCAUCUACAAAGAGGUUUACGGCUGAGAAAGUCACAGGCAAUGAAGUCUUUGAGCAACUGGAAGAUAUACAAGAGGUCAAAACAGAGGAGACAGGGAUUAAACCUACACGGAUGCUCAAAGAUCUGUUUGAGCUGCAGUGUCUCUGUUCUUCCGAAGCAGAGGAUCAGAUUCUGUCCAAAUACCCAAGUCCUGACGAAGAAACUCUUUAUCCUCCAAGUUUAGGAUACGAUGAACUCAGCCAACACAUUGACAAUGUAUGGUUUGGAGUCGAUCACAGUUCAGAAGGCGAAAUUGAUCUCAAACAGCUCUUAACGGAAAUGGGAGUGGAUCAAUCACUCACACCGAAAUCACAGAGAGUUUUGGCGUUCGCGGAUGGUGUAGCUCCACCAUUGCUUAGAGUACAAGAAACCAUGGGAGAGAAAGGAAAAGUUCACACCUUUAUGCAGAAACUUCAGGCUAUAUGCUUCCGUAUUCUUCUGGGAUUAGGGUUUAUUGGUGUGGGCUUUGGUAAUGACUUCUUCAACGGGUUAACCAAGUAAAGACAAAGAACCGCAGGCAGUCGACCCCCCCAAAUGAUUUUUCCAAUAGAAAUUUAAGUCUGGAUUUUUUUUUUUAUAAUAAAAGAGAGUUUUUGUUUAGUGUUUAAAUAAUUCAGUUUUUUUUUCUUUUGUAAUAGGAAAAACAUGUCAUGGCUUUUUUUUUUGGGUAAUGGCAAAAGAUUUUAGUGAAAAGUUGUCCUUUUACAGUAUUACAAGUUUAAUGCUCCUUAAAAUAUCUCUAAAUCAUUCAAAUAACCACCAAAGAAUCAAAUUUCUGACAAUUGUCAAAAUUCAAGAAGAAAAAAAAUACUAAUGGGCUUUGAUAAUAAAAGCCCAUAUACACUCCC